AUGCCGCCCUCACCCUCCCUCUCCGGGGCCCCACCAGCACCAGUCUACCCGCUCUACAACACAACAUACACCCUCCACCGCCUCUCCCCCCUGCACGCCUUCACGCCCUCCUCGCUCCCCUCCCACGCCGCCGCGCUCUCUGAGAUACUGACUGGGUCUACACUCCGCGGUGUAAGGAUCGGGUUGGAUACUUCUAAUGCGUCGCUUUCCCGCGCCGGCGCGCUGAGGAGCGUGUCGAUGCGGCCGCUGAGAUCACCGGAUGGGUGGGCUGCUGUGCAUGCUGCUGCUGAGCCGGAUGAGAUCCCCCGCCACCACCACAACAGAAGGGGAAUUCACACACCUCCCCCUCCUACUAACCCGUCUCCCCCCCCCCUGCGGACGACACUCCUCGACUUCCUAUCGACGAGAUUUGAUACCCGCGCGUCACCGAUGCAGCUACCCUCCCCGUUUGUGAAGAAAGCUAUGGGGGGAUACAUCGAGGCCCUGGUCGCGGGUGGAGGGGAAGUCAGGAGCGCGGUGAGGGAGGUGGUGAUCUCUCUCGCGUUUCCGGGUGUGGAAGGGGGGGAGUUGAAGAAUAUCGACAUAACAAUCUCACGCGAUGACAUCCCCAACUUCCUCCAGCGCGGCGGCAGCUCCAUCACAACCACAACCGCAACAAGCGCCCGGACAUCCCCAGCGCAGCCCGAACAGCACCCCUUCUGGACAGCCCUGCAUACAUACACAACCAAACGCCUCGCGCUCGACCUUUCCAAUCCCUCAGUGGCAGUGGCGAAGAUAGCGUGCGGCGCCUUCGUGAUAGCUGCAGAGGGGAGGGUGAAGAUUUCCGCGCCUGCUGAGAGGGAAGGGAGGGGAGAGAGAGAGGGGGCGGAGGGGGUGCUGGGGAUGUUGGUUGGGGUUGCUGAGCGGAAGGGGUGGGCGGCUGAAUGA